GACAAUUGAUAUUUUAGAGCUGACAGAACAAGAAGAAUUGCUGAAAUUUCACUACCAUACCCUCCGAUUAUAUUCAGCUGUUUGUGCUUUAGGCAACAAUCGAGUGGCCCAUGCUAUGUGUAGCCAUGUGGAUGAAUCUCAGCUCCUAUAUGCUAUUGAGAAUAAGUAUAUGCCAGGAUUAUUACGUGCAGGAUAUUACGACUUACUCAUUGACAUCCAUCUCAAUACCUAUGCAACUGCCAGGUUAAUGAUGAAUAAUGAAUUCAUAGUUCCAAUGACAGAUGAGACCAAGAGUAUUACUUUGUUUCCUGAUGAAAACAAAAAACAUGGCCUCCCUGGCAUAGGACUUAGCACUUCAUUAAGGCCAAGAAUGCAGUUCUCCUCUCCAAGUUUUGUAAGCAUCAGCAGUGAGUGCUUUCAGUUCAGUCCUGAAUUCCCUCUGGAAACUUUAAAAGCCAAAACCAUAGAGAUGCUGACUGAAGCUGUUCAGGAGGGCAGCCUCCAUGUCAGAGACCCAGUUGGAGGUUCUACAGAAUUUCUCUUUGUCCCUCUCAUCAAACUCUUUUAUACCCUCCUGAUUAUGGGAAUCUUCCACAGUGGGGAUCUGAAACACAUCUUACAGUUGAUUGAGCCCCGGGUUUUCAAAGAAGGAAUGAGCCAGGAGGAUGAAAUUGAUUUCUCAGAUAAAGAGCUGAGUUCAGGUGAGCUCAAGUCAGAAGGAGAAGAAGAAACCAGAGGGGAACAAGUGCCAAAGGAAGGGCUUCUUCAAAUGAAACUUCCAGAACCCGUUAAGUUACAGAUGUGUCAUCUACUCCAGUACCUUUGUGAUUGCCAAGUACGACACCGAAUAGAAGCCAUUGUAGCAUUUUCAGAUGAUUUUGUGGCCAAGCUUCAAGAAAAUCAACGCUUCCGGUACAAUGAAGUGAUGCAGGCCUUGAACAUGUCUGCUGCCCUGACAGCUAGAAAAACAAAAGAAUUUCGAUCCCCACCUCAGGAGCAGAUUAAUAUGCUGCUGAACUUUAAAGAUGAUAAAAAUGAUUGCCCCUGCCCUGAAGAAAUUCGGGAUCAACUCUUGGAAUUCCACGAAGACCUAAUGACACACUGUGGGAUUGAACUAGAUGAAGAUGGAACCUUGGAUGGAAACAAUGAUUUAACCAUUAGGGGUCGCCUUCUAUACCUUAUGGAAAAAGUUACGUAUCUGAAGAAGAAGCAAGCAGAGAAGCCAGUCGAUGAUGAUGAUAAGACAUCCUCUACUCUUCAACAGUUGAUUUCAGACACAAUGGUACGCUGGGCCCAGGAAUCUGUGAUAGAAGACCCGGAGUUAGUGAGGGCCAUGUUUGUAUUGCUACAUCGCCAAUAUGAUGGUAUUGGUGGCCUGGUGCGAGCCCUACCAAAGACCUACACCAUAAAUAGUGUGUCUGUGGAAGACACAAUCAAUCUUCUGGCAUCCCUCGGCCAAAUCCGUUCCUUGCUUAGUGUCAGAAUGGGAAAGGAGGAAGAGAAACUUAUGAUUCGUGGAUUAGGAGACAUCAUGAAUAAUAAAGUAUUUUACCAACACCCAAAUCUCAUGAGAGCUUUAGGCAUGCAUGAAACUGUCAUGGAAGUGAUGGUAAAUGUGCUUGGUGGAGGAGAAUCCAAGGAAAUCACUUUCCCAAAGAUGGUGGCAAACUGCUGUCGUUUUCUAUGUUAUUUUUGCCGCAUCAGCAGGCAGAAUCAAAAAGCUAUGUUUGAUCAUCUUAGCUAUUUAUUGGAAAACAGCAGUGUUGGCCUUGCCUCUCCGUCUAUGCGAGGAUCAACUCCUUUAGAUGUUGCAGCAGCCUCUGUGAUGGAUAACAAUGAACUUGCAUUAGCGUUAAGGGAGCCUGAUCUGGAGAAGGUGGUUCGCUACUUGGCUGGGUGUGGACUGCAGAGUUGUCCUUUGUUGAUUUCUAAAGGCUACCCAGACAUAGGAUGGAAUCCAGUUGAAGGAGAGCGAUAUUUGGAUUUUCUUCGUUUUGCUGUUUUUUGCAAUGGAGAGAGUGUGGAGGAGAAUGCUAAUGUUGUAGUCAGACUGCUUAUCCGCCGACCUGAAUGUUUUGGUCCAGCUCUAAGAGGAGAAGGAGGCAACGGUUUGCUUGCUGCCAUGGAGGAAGCAAUACAAAUAUCAGAAGAUCCAACAAGAGAUGGACCUUCCCCAAGUAAUGGAUCUAGUAAAACCCUUGAAAUGGAAGAACAAGAAGAUGACACUAUUCACAUGGGAAAUGCAAUCAUGACUUUUUAUGCUGCUUUGAUUGAUCUCUUAGGACGUUGUGCCCCUGAAAUGCACCUAAUCCAUGCUGGUAAAGGGGAAGCCAUUAGAAUCAGAUCAAUUCUACGGUCUUUAAUUCCACUGGAAGAUUUGGUGGGAGUAAUUAGUAUUCCUUUCCACAUGCCAACUAUAGCUAAAGAUGGUACUGUGGUGGAACCUGACAUGUCUGCGGGGUUUUGCCCAGAUCACAAGGCAGCCAUGGUUUUGUUCCUUGACAGGGUCUAUGGAAUUGAGGACCAGGAUUUUCUUCUGCACCUUCUUGAAGUUGGCUUUCUGCCAGAUCUUCGUGCUGCUGCUUCUUUAGAUACGGCUGCUUUAAGUGCUACAGAUAUGGCUUUGGCUCUAAAUCGAUACCUUUGCACAGCAGUCUUGCCUCUGUUGACCAGAUGUGCUCCUCUAUUUGCUGGCACAGAGCACCACGCAUCUCUCAUCGAUUCCUUAUUACAUACUGUGUACAGACUCUCAAAAGGAUGCUCUCUUACCAAAGCUCAGCGAGAUUCUAUCGAAGAGUGUUUGCUGUCUAUCUGUGGGCAGUUGCGGCCCUCCAUGAUGCAGCAUUUGCUGAGAAGACUAGUGUUUGACGUUCCUCUAUUAAAUGAACAUGCAAAGAUGCCUCUUAAGUUGCUGACAAAUCAUUAUGAAAGAUGCUGGAAGUAUUAUUGUUUGCCAGGUGGAUGGGGUAACUUUGGUGCUGCCUCAGAAGAAGAACUUCAUUUAUCCAGAAAGUUGUUCUGGGGUAUUUUUGAUGCUUUGUCUCAAAAGAAGUAUGAACAAGAGCUGUUCAAAUUGGCUUUGCCUUGUUUGAGUGCAGUUGCAGGGGCCUUGCCUCCAGACUAUAUGGAAUCAAAUUAUGUCAAUAUGAUGGAAAAACAGUCUUCAAUGGAUUCAGAUGGGAACUUUAAUCCUCAACCUGUUGAUACAUCAAACAUUACAAUCCCUGAAAAGCUAGAAUAUUUCAUUAACAAAUAUGCAGAACACUCUCAUGACAAAUGGUCAAUGGAAAAGUUUGCCAAUGGAUGGACAUACGGUGAAACAUAUUCUGAAUCUGCAAAAGUGCAACCAUUAAUGAAGCAAUAUAAGUUACUGUCUGAAAAG